AUGGAAGUUGGGGAUCCCGGAGGGCCAUCAUCGUCGACUGCCGAAGAAAACGCUAAAAAUCCCAACGAAUUCAGCUCGGACCCGCUAAAAAUCCACUUUCGCCGAGCAUCGAGCGAAGAAGAAGAAGAGAGAUACGCGAGAAAAGGAUUCUUUGCCCGACAGGACGAUAUCGAGACUUUGGUGGCAAAGAAGGCACGCGCUCGAGGUACUCUUGCGCUGAUGAGUUCCAGUAGAGGCAGUAAACCGCAUCGAGUUCUUGAACGGCGACGUCAACGCCGCCAACAAUAUCAUGAGAUAUGCUUUGCUGAAGAAGAGACCCGAGGGGCUGAUAGGAUACAACUUUGUGGGGUAGGCUCUCGGGGUAGAGGUGUGCAAGGAGAAGCCGAAGCUGAUAGUAGGUGGCUUGUCGAAAGGCUGGGAGGCGUCUGCGCGUUUGUAUCAGUUUACCCUCGUUUGCCGUCGCUCUUUGUGGACGGUAAAACCGUCCUGUCCCCGUGCUACGACAGCACCGGCGCUCUUGGCGCUACCGCGGACGCCCACAGCAUGCACUAG